AUGGAACUGGAACACAAAACAUUAUGGGCAUUAAAGAAUUUAAAUGUGGAUUGGGUAAAGUAUACAAAAGGAAGAGUAGAUCAUCUAAACAAAUUGGAUGAAUUCAGGUUUAGGGAAUAUGAAAGUUCAACCCUCUACAAGGAGAGGAUUAUGAAGUGGCAUGAUUCUAAAAUCCUUAGAAGGGAGUUCCGAGUUGGAGAUUGGGUGUUGCUAUACAAUUCUCGUUUGAGACUCUUUCCGAGAAAGAUCAAAUCAAAGUGGUCAGGCCCAUUUAGAGUGACACGAGUGUUCGCAAAUGGAGCCAUUGAAUUUGUAGGUAAAGAGGGUCCUGCCUUCAAGGUGCAGGGGAUUCUGCGAUGCAGAGACUCCUUCUGUGAUCCACCGAGUGGGUUCAACGAUCAAAAAGUUGAUCACCUUUAUGGCAUCAACACUAGGCUGAGAUACUAG